AAUAUACAUUUGUGAGUCAUCGGCGUAUAGAUGGUAUUUAAAGCCAUGAGACUGGAUGAAAUCACCUAGGGAGAGAGUAUAGAUAGAAAGGAGAAGGUCCAAGGCUGAGCUGGUUCCGGAAGGAGGAGUCCCGAGGAUCAGUGAGUGUGCUCCCGAGCCUGGAGGCGGGUUCAGGACACUGAGAGACAGACAGAAUGAACAGACAAGUAACCAUUAGGUUUGGCAAGCUGUGAGAUCAUCGGUGGACCUGGCAAAAAUGGCUUCAGUGGAGUGGUGGGGACAGCCAGGUCUAAAGGAGUUGAAAAAUCCAUUCAACAUGAAGAAGCAGAGACAGCAGGUGUAGCCAUCCCCUUGGGGGUUGUCCAUCUGUACCGUAAUGAGAUGCACCCACAAGUUCUCUCCCCUGUGCACCCCAAGAGCAGACAGCAGGCCCUGGAGAUUUCUAUCCAAGUCACAUGUGGAGCCCAGCGUAUAGUAGGAGCACAAUACAUUUAUUUAAUAGUUGGAUGAGUAAAUGAUUGGAUAAUUCACUGCUUGAGUCAAAAGGGCCUUUUCCCGUGGAGAGGGCAGCUGUAUUCUUUUGAGGCAAUUGAGGAAACUGCAAAUCCACUCCAAAGGCCAAAGGCUCUGAACCCCUUUUCUCUCAGCUAGCCUUCAGGAGCAGCUGCACAUGGGGCCAGGGCCCUGGCCCAGAGCCAGGGACCGGGUUGAGUCCCUGCUGCCCCUUACACGCCUGUGACUUUGGGUAACUCGUUUCCUCUUUCUUAGAAGACAUAAAUGUAGGGAGAAGAGGCCCACAUGAGCCAGUCCCACAAGAGGCCCCCAAGGUGUUACUUUCCCUCCUCUCUCCACCUUUUCUCCCCGGGGCUUUUUUUCUUGUUAAGGAAGCGAAACAAAGCAAGUGACUCCCAGUGUUGCUGUGAGAAUGGGUGGGCAGUCCGCACAGGCAGGGGAGAUGAGGGGUGGGGAUCCAGUGGAUGAGGGAGCCUCCAUCCAUAGGGCAGAGGACCUCACACGUGAACCGGCAUCUAGGUAAUAAAACCAAGGGGACCCUGAAGUGUCCUUGGGCUUGGAUUGGUGGGACACACCUGUGACAGACAUUCCUACCUGCCAAUCAGAGGGGAACUAACUUUUUGAAGCAUACACAGGCCUGCAGGGGUGAAAGUGGCUGUUGGGAAGUAACAAAUAAGAGAAAACUAGGUACCAGAAAGGAGAAUUAGGAUGACCCUUGGGGAAGACCACCUAGAGAGGAGAGCCUAUAAAAGCUCUGUACAUGACUGAGAGAGCAGCCUUGAGAGAUGGACCAGGGGGCUUCCUCUGACAACCCCGGUGCCUGCCAUUCCCCUGGCAAUACCUUCUCCUGAAGCACCUGAUGCAACUUGUGGGAAGAGGGUGGUGAAGGGCCUGGAGUUGGGGAGCUGUGUCUUCCUGGGAGAAGAGGGAAAACAGGUAAGCAGGCAGGCAUGGACACUGCUGCCACCUAGUGGGAAAAGCCUGUUAUUUCCCCUGGUUUCUAACCCCAGGAUCAUCCUUGGCUUAGCACCAGAGAAAGGGCUUGGGGAUGGGGGAGAUGCCUGUGCCCCUGAAUUUGGGGUCACAAGGCCAGAGGAGCCUCAUGGAGGAAAAUAAACUCCCUGGGAAGUAUGCACUUCCCACAUUACUUUGCCCAUCUGUGUCUUGGUUCCUUUUUCUGUGUGGUGAGGGCAGUAGUACCUACUUCAAAGGGUUGGGAUGGUUAGGCGAGUCAAUCUAUGCAAAGUACUUGGCAUAGUAAUAAGUAACUUGGCAUAAGUAGUAAAUGCUCCUGUGGUUGGUCGGGGGGAAACUGAAGGUGUUUAGCCUUGUCCCCCCCUCCCCACAACUUUCUAUACAAAAAAAAAAAAAUCUGUGCCUUCUAUACAAAUGCAGCAUUCCUUAGUUCCACUAAAUCCCUCCUGUUUCUCAAUUCUGGUGCUGCCACACUGUUCAUUCCAAAGGAUGGGAGGGUCUGUGGGUCCCAACCUCUUCCCUUCCGAUGCUGGGGUGGUUGGUGGAAGUGUUCCAAGCUCCAGCACUUUCUCCCCUUACCCCGGAGCGUGUGAUCACAAUGGCUCCAGGCUGUGACAUCAUAGAGCCACCACCCCUGUCACAAGAGUGGAGGGGUCAUGAAUCUGUGGCAGUGGGCGAGGGUGUGGGUGUGGCUGUUUGGGCUUGGGGCCAUAGAAACAGCGCCCAGCCCGGAGAGUGCCAAGACACCAACCCUGGGACCUGAGUCUCCGCUCUUCAUAGACAGACCUGACUUCUUUGAUUAUCCAGACUCAGACCAAGCCAGGCUCCUGGCUCUGGCCCAGUUUAUUGGAGAGAAACCUGUCAUCUUUGUUAACUCAGGUAUGAAACAGCCUGAGAAGGGAUCUCCUCCCCACUGGUGCCUGGAGGAGUCUCCAUUUUCCCCCCUUCCUUGUCCAGCAGAUUCCAACUCCAGGUUCUUCCAUCAUAUCCUGGUGGGCUCUCUGGUGGUGGCCUUCUUCUUCCUCCUUUUCCAGUUCUGCACACACAUGUAAGGCCUGCCCCUCCCCACUCCAGGCCCCAGCCGCACCCACCUCAGCCUGCCUUGGGAGAGGCUAAAGGACCCAGAGUUGGCCUCCCACCUCUGACCUCUGUGUCCUGUAGGAGCUUCCAGAAAGGGGCCUAAAGAGGACCCAGCCAGACAAGGACCCUGGAUGCCACCCUGAGUGCCCAGACUCACCCUCCUCCCCUGCUGAUGAAUAAAAGUCUUUGCUUUUUUCUUCCCUGACUGCUCAGUGACCAGCCAGGGAGUCGUGCCCUACCCCAUGGUCAC